AGCGCAGCGCCCCUGUGCGUCGCAUGCCCAUGUUUUUGCGCCUCUGUUUCCAGUGAUUGCGGUAGUCUAGAGAUAAAACUGAAUCGACACGUCAUUGGCUCUCACUCUGGCUGUGUUUGUGUGUAUUUUAAAGGAAGGAAGGGAGGAGGAGACAGCGUGGAAGUGGAAGAAGCUUUGUCGCAGUAACACAACUUCUCCAGUCGAGCAGCUGCCUUUCUACAGCACAUCCUCCAACGGUCGAGUCCGUCCGACCGACCGAGUCGACAUGCCGCCGGUCAGUCUGUGCUCUCCGUGACACCGGGAGGGUGUGAGUGAGCUCGGCUUGAUUUUCACUGAACGCUGGCGCGGAAGCGAAAGGCUCGGGGAUUGGGGAAAGACCGACACCUCGCUGCGUCUUCCCCGGCGCCGGGCAGCCACCAACCCCGGAUCGGCCGCAGGGAACCAACCGCAACGGCUGUUAGCUGGGAAGCUAACAGGCAUAUAAACCGAGGAUAUCUGUUCAGUUGAGCUUUGACUAGAGAGCAGCGGCGACAGCGUGAAAAUGGAUUAAAAAAUGAAGAGCGGGACUGUCUGAUCAUCCAAACAGGAGGGCCUCUCACUCUCUCUCAAAGGUAGCUCUCUUCAGCUUACCUGUGCAGCAGAGCUGAGAGACAGAGCAGAAGAUGCCUCCCAGGCCGUCCUCAGGGGAGCUGUGGGGCAUCCACUUGAUGCCCCCAAGGAUCCUAGUGGACUGCCUGCUGCCCAAUGGGAUGAUUCUGACCUUGGAGUGUCUCCGAGAGGCCACGCUAAUCACCAUCAAGCAUGAGCUGUUCAAGGAGGCCAGAAAGUAUCCCCUCCAUCACCUCCUGCAGGAGGAAACCUCCUACAUUUUUGUCAGUGUUACACAGGAAGCAGAGCGGGAGGAGUUCUACGAUGAGACUCGAAGGCUGUGUGACCUUCGACUCUUCCAACCUUUCCUCAAAGUGAUCGAGCCGGUCGGCAACAGAGAGGAAAAGAUCCUGAACAGAGAGAUCGGUUUUGCCAUUGGCAUGCCUGUGUGUGAGUUUGACCUGGUGAAGGACCCAGAGGUCCAGGACUUCAGGAGAAACAUCCUGAAUGUUUGCAAAGACUCUGUGGAGCUGAGAAACUCCAGCGGUCCUCACAGCAGAGCGCUGUACGUCUACCCUCCCAACGUCGAGUCGACACAGGAACUCCCCAAACACAUCUAUAGCAAACUGGACAAAGGUCAGAUUAUUGUUGUAAUAUGGGUGAUUGUUUCCCCAAACAAUGACAAGCAAAAGUAUACACUAAAGAUCAGCCACGACUGUGUGCCAGAACAGGUGAUUGCAGAGGCCAUUCGCAAGAAGACGCGCAGCAUGCUGUUGUCCCCAGAGCAGCUGAAGAUGUGCGUUCAAGAAUAUCAGGGGAAAUACAUCCUCAAAGUUUGUGGCUGUGACGAAUACCUGCUGGAAAAGUAUCCCAUAAGCCAGUACAAGUACAUUCGUAGUUGCAUCAUGCUGACCAGGAUGCCAAACCUGAUGCUAAUGGCUAAGGACAGCCUGUACACUCAGCUGCCGACUGAUAACUUUGUCAUGCCAUCGUACUCUCGACGUAUCUCCACGGCAACGUCGUACAUGAAUGGAGAGGCUUCGUCCAAGUCGCUAUGGAGCAUCAACGGGACUCUGCGAAUACGAAUCCUCUGCGCCACCUACGUCAACGUGAAUAUACGUGACAUAGACAAGAUUUAUGUGAGGACCGGAAUUUACCACGGAGGUGAACAAAUGUGUGACAACGUCAACACACAAAGAGUACCCUGCUCUAAUCCCAGGUGGAAUGAGUGGCUCCCCUAUGACAUGUACAUCCCGGACGUCCCCCGAGCUGCCAGACUCUGUCUCUCCAUCUGCUCUGUUAAAGGCAGAAAGGGAGCCAAGGAGGAACACUGCCCACUAGCUUGGGGCAACAUUAACCUGUUUGACUACACUCACACUCUGGUGGCCAACAAGAUGGCUCUGAACCUCUGGCCAGUCCCUCAUGGCCUGGAAGACCUCCUCAACCCAAUAGGAGUCACUGGAUCUAAUCCCAAUAAGGAAACGCCAUGUCUGGAGCUGGAGUUUGACCACUUCAGCUGUCCUGUCAAAUACCCAGACAUGAAUGCAGUGGAAGAUCAUGCAAACUGGAUCAUCUCCAGGGAACUGGGCUUUAACUUCAACCUCUCAGUCAACCACUCGGGAACUCAACAGAGCAGUCGGGCGGCCAGAGAUCACGCCCUGACGGAAAGCGACGGCGAACAGAUGCGACAGCUGAGUAACAGGGACCCUCUGUCUGAAAUCACUGAGCAGGAGAAAGACUUCCUCUGGAGACACAGGCACUACUGUAUGAACAUCCCAGAAAUCCUUCCCAAGAUACUUCUUGCUGUCAAAUGGAACUCCAGAGAUGAUGUAGCGCAGAUGUAUUGCUUGUUGAAGGAAUGGCCAUCGAUCCGUCCAGAACAGGCCAUGGAGCUGCUGGACUGUAACUACCCAGACCCUGUGGUCAGGCACUUUGCUGUACGCUGCCUUGACAAAUACUUGACCGACGAUAAACUCUCCCAGUACCUUAUCCAGCUUGUUCAGGUAUUAAAAUACGAGCAGUAUCUUGACAGUCCGCUAGCUCGCUUUCUCCUCAAAAAGGCCCUGACCAAUCAAAGGAUAGGCCAUUUCUUCUUCUGGCAUCUCAAGUCAGAAAUGCACAAUAAAACUGUGAGCCAAAGGUUUGGGCUGCUGCUGGAGGCUUACUGCAGGGCCUGUGGCAUGUACCUCAAACACCUGAGCAGGCAGGUGGAAGCCAUGGAGAAGCUCAUCAACCUCACCGACAUACUCAAACAGGAAAAGAAGGAUGAGACGCAAAAGGUCCAGAUGAAGUUUCUUGUAGACCAGAUGAAGAGACCCGACUACAUGGACGCUCUGCAGAACUUCACCUCUCCACUCAACCCUGCACAUCAGCUGGGAAAUCUGAGGUUGGAGGAGUGCAGGAUCAUGUCAUCCGCAAAGAGACCGCUGUGGCUCAACUGGGAGAAUCCUGACAUCAUGUCUGAGUUACUGUUUCAGAAUAAUGAGAUCAUCUUCAAAAACGGAGAUGAUUUGCGGCAGGAUAUGCUGACGCUGCAGAUAAUCAGAAUCAUGGAGAACAUUUGGCAGAACCAGGGACUGGACCUACGGAUGCUCCCCUACGGCUGCCUGUCUCUGGGAGACUGCGUGGGCCUGAUAGAGGUGGUCCGAAACUCCCACACCAUCAUGCAGAUUCAGUGUAAAGGAGGCUUGAAAGGAGCCUUGCAGUUCAACUCCAACACGCUGCAUCAGUGGCUCAAGGACAAAAACAAAGGAGAGACGUAUGACCUGGCUGUGGAUCUGUUUACGAGGUCCUGUGCUGGCUACUGUGUAGCCACGUUUAUUCUGGGGAUCGGAGACAGGCACAACAGCAACAUUAUGGUCAAAGAUGACGGACAGUUGUUUCAUAUAGACUUUGGCCAUUUCCUGGAUCACAAGAAGAAGAAAUUUGGUUACAAGAGAGAGCGAGUCCCGUUCGUACUGACUCAGGACUUCCUCAUCGUCAUCAGUAAGGGAUCCCAGGAGUGCACAAAGACCAAAGAGUUUGAAAGGUUCCAGGAAAUGUGCUACAAAGCGUAUCUGGCCAUCCGCCAGCACGCCAACCUCUUCAUCAACCUGUUCUCCAUGAUGCUGGGCUCCGGCAUGCCCGAGCUGCAGUCGUUCGACGACAUCGCCUACAUCCGGAAGACGCUGGCGCUGGAGAAGAGCGAGCAGGAGGCUUUGGAUUAUUUCAUGAAGCAGAUGAACGACGCUCACCAUGGAGGUUGGACCACCAAGAUGGACUGGAUUUUCCACACGAUUCGGCAGCAUGCACUAAACUAAACGCAUUAAACUCAACAUGGAGUAUUUAUUAUUACACUUUUUGAAGGGAUUUAUUUUUCCAUUGACCGCAAACUCUAUAAAACUCUAUGAAGUUUGCCUUUGAUUAAUUUUUGAAGUACUUUUUCCCUUGUUUUGUAAACGAGGUUCUGGGUUUUCCUCCAUUAUCCUUUCUGUUUGCCUUUAUUUGGGGUGUGCUGCUUUUGUCAGUGUGUCAAUUUUUCCUCAGGACCCUGACGGUAAUAACCUCCCCAGACUUUCAUGUUUGGAAAAAAAAGGAAAUCUCUUCAUUUACUUUGCUGCUCUUUAAAUAAAACCAACACAGCUUAGAGAAGCCACGUCCGCCAAGGUGUGUUGGCGGACGCAAAGCAGGUCUGACUUGCUGACCUUCAGUCUUUGCAGUGCUGCACUUUUUCUCAACUUCACUGGAGAGAGGGAAGGCACAGGAAACGGUGUGCACAGAUUUUGUGGAUUAUCUCCCAUCUAUAAUGUCUUCCACAGAUAAUUUGACCUUUUUUCAUUGUUUGGGUUUUUUGAGCAGAAAUUUAAAGACUAAAAGGCAUCAGAGACAUAGACUGUUGAGAUUUUCUUUCUCCGGCGACUUCUUGUCCUAAACUUCAGGGCAAAGAUGCCUCUCCAAAAAAAAAAAGAAGGAAAAAGUAAUGUGUACAGAUGUAUGACUUUUUAAAUUAAUUUAUGUAUUUUGUUUAUUUCAUUUUGAAAGUCAGAAAUAUAACAAGAUACUAUUGAUUUUGUAAAUAUGUUUGGAAUUUUGUCACUUAAAGCCUCUUUUAGCACCAUUUGAUCUGCAGGUGGUUUUCUUGGUUAGACAUAAUGCUGAUAUCUUUUCAUUUAUAAAGUUGGCCUAUUUGUUAUGUCCAGCCCAGAAUCAUUUAUUUAGAGAAGCAAAAACUGCAAGAGUGAACAUUCUGGUCUUGCAUUACAUAUACAACAAGAAGUGAGGAGAAAACACAUCCUGGCACUUUGUGUACAAACAGGAAUGGAGAUUGUCUCACCUUCCACUUCCCCCCCACAUGCGGUUAAGUCCCAAAAUACACAAUCUGAGUAAAUUAAACUGAACUAAGAGUAAUAAAGCAAAAAAAUAAAAAAUUGAGGUUUAUAGAAAAUGGUAAAUUUAGUCAAGCAAUAUUUUCGACAAGUAACAUAAAAAUCAUCUCUGACUACAUAUUUUCAACCUAGAGUUUUUCUAUCCCCAAAAAUGUCCAGAUAACCAGUUGUUGUGAUUGGAUAUUAGUAGGAGAAAGUACAACCUAUUUACGUUUUGCUAUUCAGUGCCAAGGAGAAAACCAGAAGCCAGUGUAUAAAAGCAUUAGCUUGGAGAGUUAAAAAACCGGCACCCUCUGGAAAGAUUUAAAAGCCCUCUGUGACGAGCCAAAUCUGUCUUUAAUUUACAAGACAUUUAGGUUGCAUUGUUCCCCUCUGUGUUUGGGCCUGAGCCGGUGCUGCCUCGCCUCAAACAACUGUCACCAACACGCCUCAUAAUGGGGAGUUGUGCUGAGAAUGCAUGCCUCACUUUUCUCCACAUAGACAGUUUUACCUGAGAGUUUAACAAAAAUGUUAAGGAUGUUAUCUGUCACAUCAGUCUUUAGCUCCCUCUAUAGUUUAUCCACAAUAAAAUGUUGUUUAGCCCUAAAACUGUCACUUUAGGCUAAUUCUACGCAACUUUAGCAAAGCAAAUUAUGCUAACAGAGCUAAUUUUGAAGUAAUUUGCGACAAAACAACACAAAGUGUAUAUUUUAUUCUCGGAGACGUCGACUCCACUUUUAAAAGCCCUAAGAAGUGAAUUGGGAUUUGCUUCAUACGUCCAACUGUUGUUUUCUGACUCUGAAAUAUGGCAGAUUAGUUUUGCUCAACCAGUACGCAUAUGGCCAAAAAGACAACUUGAGAUGGAUUAAAAGUUCAUUUGUUGAAAAGUUAAGACACUUAAUGAUUACAUUUAAAUGUGAAGGGAACUUUAUUGAAAUUAAAAUGUCUAAAGUAUUUCAGUUAUUUGGCAUGUAAUCAGUGCUGAAAACGCAACAUGUGACACUAAACCGCUCAAUUGGCUGAAGUUUGAACUUUGUGAUGCUCCAGAAAUUAGAAUACUUUGUAUAAUUAAUUGGGUAAUUAAAAACCCAUUAUGGUAAAUGAAUAUACUGAAGAACUUCACCAGACCAGCCAGGUGUAUUAAGAGGCCAAAGUGGUAAUUUGUUUUAAUUUGACACAACCAUUUUGUUAUGUUUGUGCAGCGUCAUUAGCCUGAUUGUGUUUCAUUACCCAAGUGGACCUUCUGUUUGUUUUUUUUGUACGAGUGAUUCCUGUGAAAGCUCAUAUUGUAAAACCAUGUUGGAAAUACACUACAAGAUGAAAA